AUGAUGGACUCCAUUCAAUGGCAAAAUCUUGUGAUGGGAAAGUACAAGCUACUGGUGUCCUCAGAGAUUAAUGUUGAAGACGACUGGAAUAAAAUCCACACCAUUGUUAACCAAUAUGAUAGUACACUAGUAUGGCAAGAAAUGGCGAUACUUUCUAAAAUUUGUUAUCGUUAUAAAAGUCAACUUAGAAGGGAUAAGCAUUAUCAAUACUUGAAAAAGGUGGAAAGAUUAACGAAACGAUUAUAUAAUCUAAGGAUGAAAUCGACAUUAAAUAACUUUUUAACUUGUAUAACUAGAUUCAAGAAGCGGUUAUACAAACGUUUAUGUAUCCGUUAUGGAAAAAUUAGCAAUCUGAUCACAAUUUUUUUCAAUGUAUUUUUCGGGUUUUCUACUGUCAUUCGUUCCUUAACUAAAAUAAGACAUAUCUGCUCUCAAUUAUCUAUGGGAUUAUUUAUCCAAUUUAACCUAUUAGCAGCAGCAAUUGUAAGCCGAUUAAGGAACUGUUUAACAGAACUAAUCGAUAUCACAAUACAAGCCUACAAGACAAUCUAUGAAUGGCUAAGGAUGUCCGUUAAAGCUCAAAACAAGGUGUUAGAUGUAGCCAAUUUUCCAGCAGAUUUGAGCCAGUAUCUCCAAAAUGAUGCUAGUUCUGGACAAUACUUGAUAGAUAGCAGUGCUAUGGAUGAAACAUUAAAGAACUCUACGGAUAACAUCGAUUUGGGCGAACCAGUUGACUUUGUAAAGAUUGAAAGAUUGUGCUCUACCGAAUCAGAUAAAGCUUUGAUGGACUCCAACAAAAAUCUUACUGAUGAUAAUCGAAACCGAAAAUCCACUUCUAACAAACUAGAUGAUAAUAUUCCAAAGAGGCAAUUUACCAGGCAAGGUGAGGGCUCACAUUCUCCAGUUUCACAAAACGAAAAUUCCUCAGCCACCGAAAAGAAAUCUACACCACUGCUGUCUGCCAAGUUAAUGUCAAUGGCGAGUAAGUCAUCCCAUUUAAUACAGCAGUUAGAAUGCGAAAAUGAACGUAUCACGAUGUUGCGGUACAGCCAUAAAAAGUAUAAUAUGGACACAACGCCAAAAAACUGUAAAGAUUUCACAACGAUAAUUCCACCGGAAGAGGCAAGACUAUUGUAUGAAAUGCUAAAAGCGAAAUCAUUUACGACAAUAUUUCAAGGUCCAAAAAAUCUUCUCCUCCAUCAUCAUUUCAGAAAUUUCUCAUCUGUCGCUUUUAUUAGAAAUUAUUCCUAUCGUUGUAAGAUAUUAAGACACUUAAAAAGAAAUUGUAAAUCUGGAAGAACGAAAGAUUAUCAUUUAGAAUUUCCGUGGGAUACUCAAAGCUACUGCCAGUUUGAUUCCGAUGGUGCGAGCAUAAAUCAAAUUAAAAAGGAAAUACCCAGAGAUAAUCUAAAUUUUAAACCACAGAAUCAUGAUAGCGAUAUUGUGAAGACCAAUGUAAAUAAUCCAUUCGUUCUUUCUAGUUCAUCCGAAACAGAGAAAAUGCGUAAUAGCGAACUAUCAGAGAUUGAUCAAAUUUUCGCAUUUAUUGAAUAA